AUGAGAGGGAAGAUGAAGAAGAAGAAGAAGAAGAUGAUGAUGAUGAAGAAGAAAGUGGUACCAAUUAGUGACCUCUCCCUUUCUCCCUCUCUCUCUCUCUCUCUAUCUUUCUCGUCUUUGCCGUCGUGGCCGAAAAGAUUCGGGCGUCUCGCCACACACCGCACCGCCCGUCGCUUUUCUUUUUCUCUUCUCAAUAAUUCCGGGGGCCCCUCCGCGUCGUCGUCGUCGGCCACGACCACGACGACGUCGUCUCUGCGUCUUCAAAACUUGGCACCUUCUCGACACGAAACAAGUGAUGAAGGCGGAGGAGGAGGAUGGGGAUGGGGAUGCACUUUAGAUAGACACAUCAACUUUUCUUCUUCGUUCGCAAAGAACUUUCCGCUCUUCUCGCAUCCCAUCCCGCAGAUCCUAAAAGAAGAAGAAGAAGAAGAAGAAGAAGAAGAAGAAGACCAAAAGGUUUCGGCAAAUAGACGAACCGCAAAAACAAACACAACGGUUCUGGUCGCAACUUUUCUCUCUCUCUCGAGCAUUCGUUGCCCCCCGGAUUUGAAUGGACCUACAGAAGUUUCCUGGUCUAACUCCCCGUAUGACGUCAUUCUCAUCUUGCUGCAAUUACCCACUUCCGUCGCUUUUUUUUUUGCCAUUCUCUUCUUAUUCGCAAGUUCUCGAGAUCAUAUCACCAUUUACUGACUGUGAAACCGGUUCUCUCUCUCUCUCUCUCGUUUUCUAUCCUUACUUUGCUUUUCAUUUUCCGGUGUGACCACAAGAGAUACGAUGGGUGGGUGGGGUUCGUGGUUAUGGUACCGCGCGUAUCACGCACAUUCUCACAUUCCCUUCUCGCAAAAAAAAAACGUUCCAAUUUGGAAAUGCCGCACUUUUUCAUAGAUUGCAACCCUGGCACCCACUUUUAGCAACUUGGCCGCACGCGUUGCUCAUUUUUUCGCGAUAAGGAACUUCGGGGCCAUCAAAACCUUUUUCCCCGUUAACCUAAUGCACGUAAAAGUCCUAGUUGAAGCUCUAGAAUGAAUGAUUUAUAGAAUUCAUCAAUACAAGUCAUGCGAUCCGAUCCAAUCCAAUUCACCAGCUCUUUUUAUUCAUUUUCUAUAUUCGGUACGACUAAAUGAACCCGAACAUUACUGGGCCGAAUUUCAAUUCUGCCCCGUUUUCGUAUUCUCCCUCGUGUUUUUGCCCCGCUUCGAGAAUGCGUCAUUAUUAUUUUUCGGCUCCGUUCGCCUCCCUUCUUCCUCUCACCGUUUCGUUUUUUAAACUUUCCAAAGUUCUUCGCGAUCGGUCACGUGAUUUACACGUCAGUGCGAAGAAGAAAAAUGAUCACGAUUACUCUUUUUCGCUUUCUCAUUAGCGAAGAACUAUUCCUAUCUCUCCGCCCACUCAUUUCUGACCAAGAGUCUUCUAGUUUUCUCAAAUUCCUUUCAACUUGAUGCCUUCGGAGCAGAGUUGAGCGGAAUUCCGCCUUCCGCCUUUUCAAAAAUGGAUUCCGCUCAACUCUGCUUCGGAGCCUUCUUUUUCGGGUUUCUUAACGAUGAAAGUGACUAGAAUGCACGGACGGUCUCCCAGGGCGCUAAUGCUAAACACCAGAGUUGAGCGGAAUUCCGUCUGCCGUCUUCCGCCUUCCGUCUUCCGUGGAUGUUUUUGUUCCGUCUUCCGUCUGCCGUCUUCCGUAAAAAAACUUUUUUUCCGUCUGCCGUCUGCCGUCUUCCGGAAUUUUUUCUUCUUACCGUAAAAGAGUAAUAGCUUUUCAGAAGCCAUUUACUAGCCCCGAAGAACGCGAAUUUCCACGGGCAGUGACCCAGAUCCAAAUUUUUUGUUGCUUUAGUUAUUUAAAAAAAAAAACCAAAAAAAGGUUCUGCAUUGACGAUUUUUUUGUUCCGUCUUCCGUCUGCCGUCUUCCGGGAAAAAAAUUUUCUUCCGUCUUCCGUUUUCCGUGUUCCGUAAAAAAAAUUUUCUUCCGUCUGCCGUCUGCCGUCUUCCGGAUUUCAAAAUUCCAUUUCCGCUCAACUCUGCUAAACACAGUGCGCUCGUAAAUUUAGGAGUGUCGUUGUUAUUUUUUGAAAAUUCGCGAAUUGCAUGCACCCUCUUUCAUCGUGCACUUCACUUCAUUUCAUUUCCGUCAAGAGUUCACACCCAUUUCGGAGACCUCCAUCAAAUUCUUCAAAAGGCUCCGCUGUAUUCUCCACUUUUCGUGUGUUCAAAAAACCAAAUGACCCCGUAUAAUGACGCUCAACGCUCCCCUUUUUAUGGAUCUUCCGAUUUUUGUUGCUCUCCGUAUAAAACCUACCGUUUCGGCGCCGUUUUUGCCCGCAUUUCCCCGCUUUUCACAUCAUUCUCUUUUUGCAGGUCAAGGUGGAUCAGUUGCACAAUCCGUUCGAAUGGGGUGCUCCUGAUGUGCCCCAGCCGCAGGCGGUCAAUCCGAUGCCGCCGCCUCCAAACCCGCCCAACUAUUAUGCGCCGAGAAGAUCCAUCUCGACGAUCACGGGUCCCAGCCGGCGCGACGUCGACGCCUUCUAUCAGCACAACUUUCGGCAGAAGGUACGUCUUCGCGAAAUUUCAAUUUCUGUCAUUUUCCGUUCGUUUUCGAUGUUGAACAUGUCAAAAUGCCCGUAUUGUACAUGAAUUGCUACCAUGACAGAUAAUUUGUUACCAAACGCGCUCUACCGAACUGCGUACUCUGGAAAGUGGAAACGAACAUUUGAAUAUUCAUAGUCGCGUACUUGUGAGACUGUGUGUGAAAAAGUGAAAAGAUAGCUGAAACCGAAGCACUUCAUGAAUAUUCAAACACACCGUUCCCCUCCACUCACUUAUACUCUUGACGAACUGCAAACCCAAAACCGAAAUGGCGAUUUCAGUUGAACGGGGACCAACCGGAGUACCAACCGACACAACAGGGGCCUUCAAUAACGUCGGGACACUCGCAUCAGACCAAUCAUUUGCCGGUAAGCACACUUCACAUCCAAAAUGAGUCAAGUUUGGUUGCAAUCUAUUUCCGCCUUUCACACUUUGACGUAACGUAACAGGAAUUGGGUUAGGACGGGCCAACACCUAUAUAUAUAUAUAUAUGAAAGAAGGAAAUGAAAAGGUUUUCAGACGAAAAACGUCUCGUACGAAGCGCUCCGCUUCUCGCCGCCCAACGUGACACCGCCGCCGCCACAAUUCCCGGCCAACAAUGUACCGGUUUCCGCUCGAAUCUCACAUCUCAACCCAAUCUGUUCACAGUUUCAGGACAUAAGUACGCCGGCGGUGCGAGCGCCACGUGUCCGCUUCGACGAGUUGCCCAACUAUCCGACGCCGAACAACUUCUCGGUGCCGCCGAGAAAGUGCUCACUGGCGCCCAACUUUUUCUCGUCUCAAAACUCGCAUCAUAUGUAUCCGGAUCAAUAUGUAUGUAAACUUUUGAUCAUUUUCGACCACACGCCUAAACGAAUUAGUUGCAGACGCCGCGCACUUGGCAGCACAACGAGUUCAUGUCUAAUCCACAGCCGCAGCAGCAAAUGGCACCGCCGUCUCAUCCGUAUCCGCCGGUUAAUCAGCAGCAGUGGCGCAGUCAGGUAGGAUGUUUAGAAAACAUUUAUAAAGUUGUCUUGCCGGAAAUGCAAUUGCUCCGCUAAUAUCUAUAAUCAGAAUAAAUGUUUCAGCCGAUCGAGAAUAGCCAGAUGUCGAUGAGAAAGCACUCGAGACCGGCGGUCAGUAUCAAGUUGGAGCACAUGGAUCACACGUGAGUUAUUCACUAGAAACUAAGUGCUCAAUCUACCAUUGGAUAGAGCUUUUUCAAGAAUUUUCCUUCGCCUUGCUCUCACUGAUAAAUGUCACGUCUCUUUGUUUCGUCGCUAUCUUGGGAAUACUGUUUAGAAACUGGACUAUAACUCAAGAAUGACGGAUAUUCGAAUAAAAUGAUCAACUACAAAGUUGUUAAGAACAAACAGUAUACCAACUUUCUAGUUGAUCACUUUUUGAAAUUUUGAUCGAUUCUCGAGAUAUAAGUGUCUAAAGGAAACGCAACGUUCGGAACAUUAUCAAUCCCUUUCUCAGUGGUUUUCUGAACUUUCCCAUAAGGUGCGAAGAAGGAAGAAGAACAGAAAACAACGGCGCUGGUCUGAGACUCUGAUGAGAGAGAAAGAGAGAAGAAAGAAGAAAACCACGUGAACUUUCAGUCCGAACGCGCGCUAUUUUCGAUUCGUUCGUCGAAACGCGAUAAACAACGGCGUGUUUUGCUCCUGUUCCUGCGAUUCGGUGAGCCGACUAACGGCCUACAAAGUUCAGCUCAGCAGAACUUUGGCCGCCACACACUUUUGACUACAUUUUCCUCGGAAACUGACCGAUUCGUAGGAUUCAGAAUCCUUAGGACCCUAGAUCUAGCAUAUACUUGAGUGGAAUGUCCAGCGAAGUUUGUUGAGAAACUAAGAAAGCAACGAAAAUGUUGACUGCGAGUAUCAAGUUUUGAAAGUGUUCCGCUGUGUGGGGUUCUUCCGCCUGCAUGGCUUCCUCUCCAUCUUUUGCGGAAAACAAGCUCCGAAGCAGGCUGAAAGAGGCCAUAGUUUGCAGCCUUUGUUCCUUAUGCUCCACAAGAUCACAACGAUUCUCCCUUUCCCUCCCUGUUUCGGUUGGUUUUUUUUUUGCCCGAAGGUGAUCUUGAAUCCGUUCCUGUUGUUUUUCUCCGUGUUCUCGGAACGUCGUACUUUUGAGGCAGAUCAGAAAAACAAACCAAAGAAACGAGGUGGGAUCAAGACUAGAGAAAGUCUCCGAUAGACUUAAAGAGCUCGCCUUUUGAAGACAUCGUUGAUCUCGGUUCAGCUAGACUAGUCACGGCAGAUGCAAAAACGAGAGACGGGUUUUGUGUCUGAGGAGUUUGUGCUCAAAUCACUCAAAUCGACGCAUUUUCAGAAUCCGAUUAUAAUGUGAACUUUUGUAAGCUACUCGGCAAGCCUCUACAACUUUUUCGCAAACCUCUCAACUUUUCUCUCAACUUUAGGGGGUUCCUGGAUUGGAAGAAAAGUUGAGUGCACGGAAUCUAUGCGUUUCUUAGCCGCCCGGGUGAGCACAGCAUUUUGCGAUUAGUCUAAAAUCCGCUGUACUCUCUCUCUCUCUCUCCCUUAUCCGACUCUAUUCUCAUCUUGUUUUGCGACUCCUCCUCCUCCUUCUCCUUUUCCGCUUCUCCAGUAUCCCAUACGAACAGAAUCUCAAGACCCGUUGGAUUACCCGAAUAUCUCAUUCCAAUCGGCACGUCUACAAUUCGAAGAACCUCAAAUCAGACCCGAACUAUCACGUGUGUGUGUGUGUGUGUGUUCUCGUCACUUUUUUGUUAUUCCGUCCCGUUUGUUCGGUUGCAACAGCGUCAGCAGCAGCAGCAGCAGCAACAGACCCAUUCGUCGGGCGGUGUUGUUUUCGAACGAGAAAAAGUGAGAAAGUGAAGAAGAGAAAGAGAGGGAAGGGCGUGUGUCUACAUGUCUGCGCGCGCCCGACGCCUCUCUUCCCCCCGCGCUUCGUCUCGCCCCGUCUUUUUUCGUUUUGGUGUGGCCUUGCAGUGAACAUCAUCAGCAUCAUGCAAACUUUCCAAAAAUUCAAAGAAUUGCUUUUUUCCCCCACCCCCAUCCGUUUUUGUUUAUGCCUAGUCGGGGGUAUCAGAACAGACAUCAGAAUUCGUUCAAUUUCGAGAACAGGUGAAAAAACGGUUUGACUCAUGUCACAUGCCAAGAAGUUUGUUUUUUUUCGAUUCAUAGAUCUAUAGACCCAUAGAUAUCACUUCUUUCUACAACUUUGUACAUGGAAAAGUGAGAACUAGCUUUACAAAAGUACUAACUGUGAGUAUUGUGUGUUCUAUUCGCCUGGCAGCUCGUCAAAUAUCAUGCACAAUACCGUGACUCACACCUCAAAACACAACUAUCUCCUCCUCGUUUCACUUUUGUUCUUUCAGUGAGCAAAACCAUUUUAGGCCAUAUCCAAACGAACUACAACGUUCACCUGAUUUUGCAAAAAGUCCGGGCUAAGCUGUAGGUCUCAUCAUCACAAAAUAUCAUCGUAGACUACUAAAUACUAGAGAGAGAGCUUGUGGCCGGAUUAGAUUACAAACUACGGACGGCCUCCUUGCUCUCCAAUCGUAAUCUAUAGAACCUAGAACCAUUCGUCCGGCGGCAAAUUCAUAUUCUUCUCGCUCCAAACUCGAAUGUUUUUUUUUUCAUUUCAGAUUCGCCACGCCACAACAGCAGCCACAGCACGACAUGAUGGAAGUGACAAGUGGGCAGCCGAAAGCCCAAGUCAAGUCGGAGAUGCUGUCGCCAAUUAAGGUACUUGCUUGAUAGACCUACGUGCUUUUCUUUCGACCACCCAAUAAGGAAGUGGGUCAUCGCAAUGAUGAAAUAGUCGCCAAGUUGAGCAGCAGGGCAUGUUGCAACGGUUCAAUGAUCAACCAAAAUUGCGUGUUUUUUUUCAUUUCCAACAAGAGUCAUUUGGUUAAAUUGUACGCGAGCAACAGAACAACGUUUGCAGACGCGUGUGAUCGGCGAAAAGUACGUUUCCUUAUUAUCACAAGACAAGAAUCUAGCCUCUUUCUCUUCCACUUCUUUUGUCUAGACCAUCAACAACGUUGUGGCGCGUAAGUACUAUGCAUCAAGGUAGACACAAACGAACGCUUUUCGAGUUCUCAGACCUCCUACCCAGACAAAACAAACACGUUUCGUUUUUUUCUCCUUUUCGGAGAGCACUCGUAAGAUGCGCACGUACCCGUAAAGAGCGAAAGAACAUUCACAAGCGAAUUUUUAUCACCUGCUGCCAUUACUCCGUUAUUGUCACGAAACUGUCUCUCUCACCAUUCCAUCAGUUUUUUUUGUUCUACAGCGGGGCGCCAAAGGUUUUUGAUCAUCAUCGCUCACUUUCUCUCCACUUUUCACGCACAAUUUAUCAGCCGGUUUACAGAUGGAAGUAGUGGAACAACUCUCCUCGCCGUCCUUCUUACUGCUCAAGCAACAGCAACUCGAGCAAAAGCGAUCGCAUCACAACGUUCCGUCCCGGAAAGCGUCGAUAAUGGCUCUGAAAAGGUGAGGCUCUUGGCUCAAUUUCUUUCGUUUCGCCUCAAAGCGCGAACUGUCUCUGUUUGCACGUGAUCACAUCACUCACUCCUUGUCCUUCCUUUCUUCCUUCGCCCCCCUUCUUCUUGCAAGUGAGGAGCGAAUGCAGUCUGUUUGUGGGGCGAGGGAGGUCUUCGCAAGUUUUUCCCUUUUCUCUUCUUUCGGGUUCCUAAACUGGUCGUUCAUCGAUAUCAAAACCGAAAAGGGGGGUGAACUUUAGUGUGGUCUUGUGGUCAGUUCACAUUCGUCAACAAGUUGUCUGUUUGCAAAGAUUUUUGAGAUUCAGCAAGUUCACACAAUUAUUGUUAGUGCCUCAGGAGGCGUACAGCUUUUGAUAUGAAAAAUGUGUUGAUAAAGUAAGGAUUGUACUUUUAGUCCCCUCCCGCUGUGACUCAGGUUCAUCGCACUCUGCAAUUCUAGAAUCAUUCUAUUGAGCGCUAGCCUAUGCAUAUGGUUCCCCGCAACUUUCAACUGCUAUACAUUCGUUGUCAUGAACCCUGUUAAGGAUCUUGUCAUCCUAAACCCUACCCCCUCCCCAUCCAAGUCAUCUGAUCACCCAAUGUGUGCCGUUGUCUUCUUCUCGAUCAGCGGUCGCCUGCUUCAUCUUUCUUUCCUACUCUCCACGAAAAUAGACAUGUGGAAAGAGAGGAGUGGACGUGCAUUUGCAGGCCGCAGAAAAAGAGAUAGAGAGAGAGAGAAAUGCUGCUGCUGGCUGCUGCAGCGGCGAAAAAACACAUUCGGCUGCGGCGGGGCUGUCUCGUGACCCAUUGCGUCCGUCUGCCGCCUCUUGAAUCACCAUGCUACACACACGGCGACGACGGGGACGGCGUUUGGUGUCUGAAAACGGAACGACGAAUCGGAGGGGAGGCGGACGCGGAUUCGUCAUUGUCCAACAUCUAAUCAGAUGUCUUUUUCGUCUUCCGCGCGGUGCGAUACACCAACCAUCAAGCGCAGUCCUACAUUUCGUCGCUUCCCAACGCUAUCGUCGCUGCUGAUCUUAGCGGGGAGAACUGAUUCUCUAUAGAGCGCACUUGCACUUUUGUGUACAUUUAUGUCUCCGGAACUUGGGAUAGCGGCGUGGAAGUAUCCCAAAUCCGUGUUGAUCUCAAGCUAAUCCUAAGCCCGACAUACCCUGAAUACAAGAUUCAUGCACUUUUGCUUUUGCAACGGCCCCUCCCGUUGCUCUUUUCUUCUUCUUUUCCCGCUUCUCUAUCCGUUUCCGUCCAACAUCUAGCUCGUUUCGCGGAAGGAGAUAGCGCAACAAAAAACGUUUUGUGCUUCGAUCGUCUGUCUGCGCUCUCCGCGUCCUGUGUGGUCCCUUCGGAAGAAGAGGAGCAAGCCCAUGUCCAUCCAGUGCUGCUUCUGUCGUUGUUGCACUGAGAGAGAGAGAGAGAGAGAGAGAUAUCAUGUGACACAAACUGAUCACUGCUUAUCAACACUGUUUCUUUUCCCUCGGCGUUCUUGAGUUCAAAGAAACAACAAACAGACAGUCUGCCGUUAAUCUUUGCUCUACCUGCCACUGCGUCUCCCCGACUUCUUCGCUCUUUUGUUUGUUGCAUCGGCGGCGGGGCAGGCAGAAAAAGAAGAAGAAUGCGAAAAGUGGUUGGUUGCGUGCACUUUUUGGCGCGGCGGCGGCGGCGACGACUGCUGAACAAUUGCAAACCGCGACUGUUUGAGGGUGAGGGACUGAACUCGACUCGCUCGUUCCCGACGAUUUUCAAGAGGUUUAAUCCACGGGUCCGUUUUGACAUUUCUCUGGGUAAUCCCGCAUCAUAAUACUAAAUGCCGCCCGAUUUUCAUUUCCAAUCAGUACUUUGCAUUUCUCAGCAUUUCUCUAAUUUUGCCUGAAUUCUACACCAUCCCAACGUCAUUUUUUGCUCUCUUGCUCGGCUCGUCAAACAAAAACAGAAUUUUGCUAUUUUCGACGUCUCUGCUGCAACACGAUAUCCAGUUUUGAGUUUCAGUCCUUGAAGAAGACCCCCCCCCCUCCGUCUCAUAUUUUGGUUCUUCUAUAAAUUUGUCCGCUCACUAUAUAUUUAUUAUUAGCCUUGCCAUUCCGAAGAACAUACAAUAGGGCGUACUCUGACGUCCCCCGCCGGGAUAUGUAUGAAUGGCACUCAUUUUUCCCGGUAACUCUCGCUGUCUAGAAAAAUUCAAUUUCCGGACGUAGUAUCCGUAUUAUAUACGUGCGUUCAUCUGUUUUUUUUAAAGUGUCUCCAUCUCUCUCUCUCUCUCUCUCUCUCUCUCUCUCUCUCUCUCUCUCUCUCUCUCGCUCUGUCUCUCUUUCUGUUCCUUUUUUUUCUGUGUUUUGCCCCGUCUUCCGAAAUGAUCUGAAAAACAGGCACAGCCCGUUGAACUUUGUGUUUUUGUUUUGCCCCCUUUUUCCCCCUAUCCAACCCGACCGCCGUCCCCUUUCCUUUCCUCUCCCUCUGCUCUUCGUUCCAACUUUUUUUGUGUGUGUGUGUGUGUGUGCAGUUGUUGUGAUUCUAGUUUCUAGUUUCCAGAUGCUCCACGAGCAUGUGCUCGGCGAGCUCAUCACUUUCUGAUCCGAGGUCUGAUUGCUUUUUCUCUGUUUUUUCUUUGUUCACCCGCUCCGCCCGGGUAGACCAGCUUGGUCGUUGAAUUCCAAGAGUACAUUAGAGCGCGUUUCAAGACAUUCGGCCAAAGUUUAUUGUUGUUGCAACACUUAAUCCUUCCAGUUCUGCAAUCGUCGCCCCCACCAAAACUUCCUUGUUCUGCCUGUCUGAUAGCAAAGUGUCUGUCACUUCCAAAAGUUGUUAUUGUCCGUUUCACUCUCACUCUCACACACACAAAAAAGCGAAAAGUUUGCUUGUGCAAAACGGCCGCAAGGAAGAAGAAAAGUUUGCAAACUCUGAUAACGCUUCUCUUCUUGUUCUUGUGCUUCGCCCGCCCUUGGCAGCAAUGUUCAUCCAACCGUCGUAUUGCAGUCAAUUGCGCACGCCACGUGGCACUCCGCUCAACAACAGCGCCGCGCCGGGCACCGAACUUCUUCCCUACACACCGCCGCCCAUUCUGGCUCCAAUGCGCAACGGCUCUGGCCUCUUUUGCCAGAUCGCCAAGUCGGUCAAUUCGCUGCCAAUUACAGAUGUAAGCAAUGAGAUGGAUUGACAGAAAAAACGAAAAACUUUCUCUCUUUUCAGAAGACAUCAUCUUCCUCAUCCGAUGCUCCGAGUUGCAGCAGCACGAACGGAGUGAAUGGCGCGAUGAAGAACGGCAAGAAGAAGAGCGAGGACGGAGACGGUCCGUCGCGCAAGAACGGAUUCUUCUACACGGCGACGCAGACGAACGAGUCCAAGUUUGCCAACGAGCUAGAGGCGCUCCGCAAAGAAUCGUGGGCGUCCACGUCGUCGGCGGAUGAGAAGAUGCAAAUGGAGAGGAAGGCGUCUCUGGAAGCCAUCAGAAAGGAGUCGUGCAUGUCGGACAGCUACUACGAUUACGAAGGACCAAAGAUCAGCGACCCGAAUCCGUGAGUAGAACAUAACAAGAUACAGAAAGUUCAAAACAUGCGCUUUUCAGACACAUCAACAUUGGAAAACAAUAUCAGGCGCGGGUGAAGAAGUGGUGCGACCGAGAGGUUGUCUCCAGCGAGUUGGACGCCAUUGAUGACCGCGACGAAAUUGUUUUCUCUUCGGAAAUCCUUCAAGACAUUGACCAAGAGCAAAGUGAGUUACCCUUCCUCUCCUCUAAUUGAGUCGUCCCCCGUUCCAGUCAACGCAUUCGAGUUGCUCGCCUGCAGUCAGGCUUGUCCGCGAGCCGGAAGAAACAAGGAACUGGCGCUCCACUUGCUCAUGGAAAACAAGGGAAACAUCGAGGCGGCGGUGGAGGAUCUGCUGCGAAGCGACACGCUCGACUGGGAGCACUACUCGACCGUCUUCGGCUACAUGUACAACGACUCGGUCUACUGGACCCCGGAUGAGAUCUACCUGUUCCAGGACGCGAUUUACAAAUCGGAGAAGGAAUUUGACAAAGUCGCCGCGGAGGUUCGUCCUUUUCUCGAUUCGUGUCGGUACAUUUAUUCAUUCUUUUCAGCUGCCCGGAAAAACAGUUCAAGAGUGCGUGCAGUUCUAUUACACGUGGAAGAAGGCGUGUCCGGACGACUACAGAAAGUUGCGAAAUCUGAGAAGAAAGCGGCAGUUGCUCGAGAUGAACCUGAAGAACAACAAGCUGCUGGAAGAACCGGCAGUUCCGGCCAAGAAGAUCUCGAUCGUCGAAUCGGGAGAAUCGGACAACGAGUCAAACGCCACGGAUGCUUCUUUCAACGGAAACGGACACAUGGAGUUCAGAGAACGCGCUUUGUAAGUUUGAAAACUCUCCGAAACAACUAACAACGUGGAUUUUCAGCACCUCUCCGAUCAUAUCCUCCCCGCGAGAUGAAGCUCUCGUCGGUCUCUCCCCAUCGUCGAAAGAUCUGUUCGGAAUUCAGAAGAACUAUCAGCCGUCGGCCCCGCGAGCCCAUCACACUCCGUCGGCUUCGUCGAGCAAGAAGGGGGCGCAGCCGAGCGCCGAUGGAUUCUUCCACUGUCGUCUGUGCGACAAAUGCUUCGAGAAGGUCAAAUCGCUCAACGCGCACAUGAAAUCGCACGCGAUGAAAGCGCGUGCCGAGCAAGAAGCGAAAGCCCACGAUGCUCAAAUCGCCGCCGCCGCCGCACAGCUCUCGAACGCUGUCAACACUGUCAACACGACGUCGCCGCUUCAUCAGUUCACCAACGGCAUCAACAUUGCGAUUCCGUCGGGCAUCGGCAGCCUUACUCCGCAGCAAUUGACACCACAGCAGAUCAGUCUGAACCAACAGUUGCAAUCGCAGCUGAGCAGCCUGAGCUCUCAACUCAACUCGCAACUCAACUCACCGCUCACUCCGCAGCAACAACUGCAACAGUUCACGCAACAACAACAGCAGCUUGUGGCCCGCGCCAUGCAACAGGUAAGCGUGCAAUAUACUUUUCAUUGUGACAAAGUUUCGAUUCCAGAAUCUGUUCCAACCGCAAACGUCGGCGCCACUCGUACAACCCUCUCAUCCCCUGAUCCAGGCGGGUCUUCAUUCCAUUCACUAA